AUGGAGAAGGACGGCCUGAGCCGUGCUGACCAGCAGUAUGAGUGCGUGGCGGAGAUCGGGGAGGGCGCCUACGGGAAGGUGUUCAAGGCCCGGGACCUGAAGAACGGAGGCCGUUUCGUGGCGCUGAAGCGUGUGCGAGUGCAGACUGGCGAGGAGGGCAUGCCGCUCUCCACCAUCCGCGAGGUGGCGGUGCUGAGGCACCUGGAGACCUUCGAGCACCCCAACGUGGUCAGGUUGUUUGACGUGUGUACAGUGUCACGAACAGACAGAGAAACCAAACUAACGUUAGUGUUUGAACACGUUGAUCAAGACUUGACCACUUACUUGGAUAAAGUGCCAGAACCUGGAGUGCCCACUGAAACCAUCAAGGAUAUGAUGUUUCAGCUUCUCCGGGGCCUGGACUUUCUUCAUUCUCACAGAGUGGUGCAUCGUGAUCUAAAACCACAGAACAUUCUGGUGACUAGCAGUGGACAAAUAAAGCUGGCUGACUUCGGCCUUGCUCGCAUCUACAGUUUUCAGAUGGCUCUUACCUCAGUGGUCGUCACGCUGUGGUACCGAGCACCGGAAGUCCUCCUGCAGUCCAGCUACGCCACCCCUGUGGACCUCUGGAGCGUUGGCUGCAUAUUUGCAGAGAUGUUUCGUAGAAAGCCUCUUUUUCGUGGAAGUUCAGAUGUCGACCAGCUAGGAAAAAUCUUGGACGUAAUUGGACUCCCGGGAGAAGAGGACUGGCCUAGAGAUGUUGCCCUACCCAGGCAGGCUUUUCACUCAAAGUCUCCUCAACCAAUUGAGAAGUUUGUAACAGACAUUGAUGAACAAGGCAAAGACCUACUUCUGAAGUGCUUGACAUUUAAUCCAGCCAAAAGAAUAUCAGCAUACAGUGCCCUGUCUCACCCAUACUUCCACGAUCUGGAGAGGUGCAAGGAAAACCUGGAUUCCCACCUGCCACCCAGCCAGAACAGCUCGGAAAUGAAUACCGCCUAA